CAGCAUCUGCUUUUAUUUCUCCUUCACCUCCAUACUUGUACCUCAAUGCACUGAUCAAUCAACUAGAUACGCUUGACAGUGAAACUGUUGUUCGCUAUCUCUUAACUUUUUGAAAAUACCACUCAUAUGCUCACCACAUCCGCAAGUCGAUACUGCCUUUGGUGAUGGAAGCCAUCAAAACGCUUCGGUCUUCUCUUGCGCGGGCACUGGAGAGCAGCUUCGAUGAGGCCUUAAAAAAUGCGACUGCUGAGAUAUCCUGUUCGGACAUUAGCGUGAAGUCAGCCGAAGAAAAGGCUAUCAAUGCAGCGAAAGAACGAACUGAGGCUAUGAAAGAGCUGAAAACGCUGAAAGAUGCGGUCGCUCUCUUACAUGAAGAGUUACGCCUUACCGGUUCCGAAUCUGUAGACGGUAAAGCUUUUGCGAGGAACCUUCAGGAUUUCGAGGCAACAUAUGCGCCAAAUCAGGUUCUAGAUAAUCUGAAUCAUACCUCUAAUGCUGAGUCAUCUGACCUCAAAACUGUUGGCGAAGCGUAUACUGCACUAUAUAAGGAGGCACAGGAACUCGUAAAGGCUUCAUGCGAGCUCAGAAAACAACUCAAACGAUAUAAAGGAAAGUGGAAUAUCUGGCAAAAGUGCCUCGAGCAAGAUAGAUUCACUUUAGUACUUGACGAAACAGCAGUUGAAUUCAAAUGCACAAGGAAGGUCUUCAUCGGCAGUCAGAGACCGCUGAGCAGAAAGCCAUCCAGUUCUGUUCCUAUCUCAGGCUCGAGCGAUUUUUGUGUCGCGGAUCAAGCCACGAACUACAGAGAUAAGGCCCACAGAACACACCAUCCCGAUGUUGCUGAUUCAGAGAAUGGCACCCGGAGCGCGUGCGACGGCUCGCUUAGACUGUCAUCAGCGCAAAACACACCAAUACCUCCGGAUUGCUCCGGAAAUGAGGAAAUCAUUCAAACGACCCAGGUCAUGACUUCGACGACGAGAUUGUCAGAAUCCGAGUUCAUUACAAGGCAAGGCGCCCAAGAUACUCUCCUAGCUUGGCAUCCAAACCUGAUUGUAGGUGCAAAGGAAGGGUUAUCAAGUUUCACUGUGACCGAAACCAGAGGUAUGUAUCCAAGCCAGACGUUCAAAGCAUUGUCACCUGGUGGAAUCAUCGGUACCCAGGAUCUGGACGAAGUGGGCAGUGCUGUUGCAACCCCCAGGAAGCGGAGGAAGGUCCGAGAUGGCGAAGGGCAAGGCGUUCUCUCUACAACCGCAACCAAAAAUGACUUAGUUCAAGACGCACGUUCACCACUGCCACUAUUCUCGGCCUCGCCGAAAAGAUCAACUGUGCUGCAGCCUGUUGAUGAUACCCUCAGAGUCGAGUUAUCUGCGCGACCGCCGCACAACUUUCAAGAAGUAGCUUCAGCACGGCUUCCAAGUGGCUACAUUUCUUCAAUUUUGGAAGAUGGUGAUGAAAGGAUUUCUAGUCCACCUCCAAGAAAGUUGCAUGGAACAAACGGCCAAGGAGCCUCAGGCUUUCCUUUAAGCGAGGAAACCGGAGCUAUUGGUCAAAGACUGCAUAGUCUGCUCGAAGCACGAUCAUCUGCCAGAUUGAAGUUGCAAGGGCAUGUGGACGUUUCUGAUCGCGUUACGAAACGACGAUCCCUCAUCGAGACGGAGGAAACAUCCACACCGUGUGGCGAUCACGAGCGCUCUUCUCAAGAAGCAGAAAAGUUCCAGAAAUGUUUUACUAACGAGACUCGGGCUACCAAUAAUCUCAAUACUAUCAUUUCGCCUUUGAAAGACGUUACAACGAAUCCCGCUAGAAGUUCUCUAAGAGCAAUGCCACUACAACAUCUUAAGCUCGGAGAUUUUAAAAUCAACACCGAUUCCAAUCAAGGCCAUGAUUUCGCCUUUCACAGCGUCGUUCGAAAAAAGGAUGAGGUGAAGUGUGUCAAGGGUUGCACGCGCUACAACUGCUGUGGAAAGGAUUUUCUUGAUCUGGCACGACUAAACGGCCUCCCGGCAGAUGCAGCAGGGUCAAGUGAGGAACGUGAGUUUAAUGAUCAGAAUGUCAUUGCGGAAUAUCUUGGUGACGAAGAGCAUGAGCUUGAGAGCUUGAGACUGGAAGACCGGAAUUAUCUCCUACAAGAAGCAAAGGCGUGGGUGCUAGCCAAUCAAUUUGGCAAACACAGGCAACGGCAUCAACGUGCCGGGUCACCGCCUGGAUUCUGGCGUACUGAUAUGCCUAGCACGCAAGAAUUAGCCCGCGACCAUGAGGAGGCUGAAAAGUGUGAGAGAGGCUUGGUGAAACACAGGUACAGAGAAGCAAUGCGUCCCGGCGGGCUGUGGAAAUUUGCGGAUGAAUGAGCGUAUACAAUAGAUGCAUGAUAGGAUUAAGCCUUCAUUUAUACUCAGUCCGAAAAUAUCCAUAGCAUCCGUGGCAUGUCUGAUGGUUGAUUUUGUCAUGCUAGAAUCAAUCAAGCUAUGAUGCUUCGUGGUCACUUUGCGCGAAGAGCAUUAUGGGUGUUCUGAGGAUAUGCCAAGGAUUUCCGGCUCAGCUGAACCUCGGCAUACAGAGCGAUGAUUGUAUGAUUUCUUGGCAGACGCGGCACACGUGUCUUAGGG